AUGACCAGAGCGGUGCAAGAUUGGAACGCGCAAACCGGUAAAAUCACUAAUCUGAGAGAUCCUACCGACAUGAGUGACGCGGUGACCGUGAAUUACCUAAAAUACGGCUAUCUCAACAGCAACGAAACAUCGCUGACUAACAAUAUUAAGGACGCCAUUACGAGGUUUCAGGAGAGGUUUGGACUACAGGUGACCGGAUAUGAAAACGAGGAGACGCUGAAGCUGAUGGACACACCCAGAUGCGGUAACUCGGACGAAGGCAUAGCCCCGUUUUCCGUGAACCCAUUAGUUAAAUGGAACUCAACUCGGGUCACGUGGAACAUGAUUGGCUCUGGCAUCCAGUAUGCCAACAUCGUUUGA